AUGCGGGCUGUGGCCUGCAGCCUGCGCACCCGCACCGCUCUGGCCUCCAGCCCGCCAAGGCCCCGGGCGCCCAGCGCUGCCGCUGUCCACUCGCUGCGCACCGGUUCUGCUUUGAUGUCGGUGCGUAAAUUCACAGAGAAGCAUGAAUGGGUAACAGCAAAGGAUGGUAUUGGAACAGUGGGAAUCAGCAACUUUGCACAGGAAGCUUUGGGAGAUGUUGUUUACUGCAGUCUUCCUGAAGUUGGGACAAAAUUGAAAAAACAAGAGGAGUUUGGUGCUUUGGAAAGUGUGAAGGCAGCCAGUGAACUCUACUACUCUCCUCUGUCAGGAGAGGUAACUGAAGUCAAUGAAGCACUUGCCGAAAACCCAGGGCUCGUCAACAAAUCAUGUUACCAAGAUGGUUGGCUGAUCAAGAUGACACUGAGUGACCCUUCUGAGCUGGAUGAAUUAGUGAGUGAAGAGGCGUAUGAGAAAUAUGUGAAGUCCAUUAAGGAGUGACCAUGGCUUCCACAUAAAACUGGGACGUGCCCUGUUCCAGCAUGCUUGUCUUUUUUUUUUUUUUUUUU